AUGGAAUAUGGUCGAAUUAUGGGCCAUUUUAAGAAAGCAUUAAAUUAUUCAAUAGAAGAAAAUGAUCAAAAGAAUUUAGACAAUCUGAUCUUAUCUUACAUUGCUAAUAAAGAAAAACAGCGUGAAAACACUCAAUUGGCUGUUAUUGAAGGACAUCAAACUUCGGAUGAUAUUGUAAAGUUAUCUGAUGGACGUGUUUAUAAUGCUAGUGAUAUUAAGGAUCCAUUAGCACAUCGUGGUAAAGGCAGACCUCCUACAAAACGAUUAAGAGCUUUUAAUGAGGAAACAAAUAAAGCAGGCACUAGUAGGAGACAACAAAUUAAUGUUGGUUAUGAAAAAAAUGAAAAAAACAAUGUAGGUGAACGUAAAUGUGGUUUGUGUCACAAAACAGGCCAUUAUGCUCCUAAGUGUCCUGGCAAAGAGAACGUAUAA